ACAAAAAAGGAAGAAGUUAAAGAAACCGGCUGAUGUGACGUAUUAUGCAGUGCUACUGGAGAUAUUAUUAGGAUAUUUAACCAAUCUGGCAAUUAUUCUUUAUUUCCCACUGGCUCUUGGUUUCUCAGAUGUCUAGCGAUGGCUGUGGAAAAAUUUGUGUCCAAGAACCUCGAGCUUUUACAGGAGGAGCGGGAGGCUGAAAUAGAGGAAACCAGGAUAUGGCAGGAGAACAUUUCCCUGAAAGAUCUUCAAAACAAAGGAGUUUGCCUGCUAAAACUACAGAUUGGGAGUCAGUCCACAGGCCUGUAUGGUCGCACAGUUGUCAUCCUCGAGCCAAGAAAGCAUCUUGGUUUCUCAUAUCUUCCAAGCAACAGCUUUGGGCCAGGUGAUAUAGUUGGCUUGUAUGACAUCUCUGGAUGCACUGCAGCCUCACAGAUCUGCACAGGGAUUGUAACAAGAGUCAGCCAGACAUCCAUAAGUGUGGCCUUUGAUGAUUUAAAGGAUGGUGUCAGCUUUGAUUCAGAUGCACUUUACAAUCUCUUAAAACUAGCCAAUGAUGUCACCUACAAAAGAAUGAAACGUGCCUUAAAUGCAUUAAAUGGAUACAGCAAUGGACCAGCUGCCAAUAUGAUUGCUGUUCUCUUUGGAGACACACAACCAUCUUCUCAGUCACAGCUAAAUGAAGUUAAGUUUUUCAACUCAAACUUGGAUGACUCCCAAAGAGAGGCUGUGUCCUUUGCUCUGUCACAAAGAGAACUGGCUGUGAUUCAUGGACCCCCAGGCACUGGGAAAACUACCACUGUGGUGGAAAUCAUCCUACAAGCAGUCAAACAAGGCCAAAAGGUCCUCUGCUGUGCUCCCUCAAAUGUUGCUGUGGAUAAUUUAGUGGAAAGGUUAGCCCGGUGCAAGGCCAAAGUCCUGCGACUGGGUCACCCUGCCAGACUGCUGGAGGCCAUCCAGAAACACUCUCUGGAUGCCAUGCUCGCUCAGAGCGACAAUGCAAACAUAAUUGCUGACAUCCGUAGAGAUAUCGACAAAGCAUUUAUGGGGAUGAAGAAGGUGCCAGAAAAAGGAGAGCGGGUGAACUUUAGACGAGAAAUUGGGGAACUGAGAAAAGAGCUGAAAAACAGGGAAGCAACAGCCAUCACUCAGAUCCUGAAGAGUGCUGAUGUUGUGUUGUCAACCAACACUGGUGCUUGUGAUGAUGGGCCUCUGAAGUUCCUGCCAGCAGAGCAUUUUGAUUGGGUGGUGAUUGAUGAGUGCGCUCAGGCCCUGGAGAGCAGCUGCUGGAUCGCCCUGCUCAGAGCGCGCAAGUGCAUUCUGGCUGGAGAUUACAAGCAGUUACCACCUACUAUAAAAUCGCAAACGGCUGCAUCAAAAGGCUUGUCUUUGAGUCUUAUGGAAAGACUUAUCCAGAUGUAUGGAGACUCAGUGGUCCGUAUGCUCACUGUCCAGUACCGCAUGAACAGUGCCAUCAUGGAGUGGGCCUCCAAAGAGAUGUACCAUGGAAAACUAACCGCUCACAGCUCAGUGGAGAGACAUUUACUAAAGGAUUUAGCAGGCAUUGCCUGUGUUGAAGAGACCAGUACUCCACUCCUUCUGAUUGACACAGCAGGGUGUGGUCUGAGUGAGAUGGAGGUCACGGAUGAGCAGUCCAAAGGCAACCAAGGUGAGGUAGACCUUGUUGAACUGCACAUAAAAGCCUUGACUGAAGCUGGGGUCAAAGCGAAAGACAUCGCUGUUAUUGCUCCGUAUAAUUUACAAGUUGAUCUUCUACGUCAGAAACUUUUAGCUCAGCACCCAGAGCUGGAGAUAAAGUCUGUGGAUGGAUUUCAGGGAAGAGAGAAGGAAGCGGUUGUGUUGUCAUUAGUUCGCUCUAAUAGAAAAGGUGAAGUUGGAUUUCUGGCAGAGGACAGACGGAUAAAUGUUGCUGUUACUCGUGCAAGACGCCACAUCGCUGUGGUGUGCGACACUCAAACUGUUCAGAAUCAUCCUUUCUUGAAAUCUCUGAUCAGUCACAUGACUGAAUUUGGUGAAGUCAGGACUGCGUUCGAAUACCUUCAAGAUAUUGUGCCGCAGAACUACACUCGUGAUCACAAAGACACAAAAACCGCAUCUUCCAGCACCUCCACAUCUACCAAACAGAAGGCCGGAGAUCAGCCCUCCUCCAAGGCAAAACAAGGACAGAAGAAACCCGCUGGAGACAGCAGUAAGAAGAAUACUGCAGGUUCACAAAAACAUACAAAGUGCCACACAUUAGUGCCGACAGAGCAGGAGCAGAGCAAGAGCAGAUACGCUGAGAUCAGAGAGCAGGUGGAGAAAUUUAUGAAGGACUCAAGUCAGAGUGAUUUACAAUUCCCAUCAAUGUUUAACUCGCAUGACCGGCUGCUAGUCCACCAGAUCGCUGAGGAGCUGGGCCUUAUUCACGAGAGCAAAGGAGAGGGCAGCAAUAGAUGUAUCACUGUCUCCAGACCUGUUAAGUCCACACCAGCUGAGGAGCUAACACAAGAAGAAACAACCCAGGAAGCAGAAACAGAGCCGCCAUGUCAACCUCCAUUAGACCUGAAAAGUUUACAUUUGGAGAGAAUGACAAGAGAGCAGCAGAAGAGGGAGGCAAUCGCUCAACAAAAAAAGCUACAGAACAUUCCUCCAGCUCAGGGACAGCCUACAAAGAAAGCCAAAGGGAAAAACAAAACGAAAGCAGGUGCCUGCGACAUUGCUGCUGCCGCUGCUCCAGAUGAUGACUUUGACACCAUCAUCAGUGCCGUCAUGAAGGCUGACAGUGUUUGUAGUUUUGUUAAGUGUAAAGCAUCUGUUUUAACACUUGGACAGCUUUGCUUGUUCUGCAACAGGCAGUUCUGUCUCAGUCAUCAUAUACCAGAGGUUCAUGGCUGUGGAGACAAGGCCAAGUCUCAUGCCCGGAUGAGAAUAAGCAAGGAGGGUGUUCUUUAUGCUGGGAGUGGCAAUAAAGACAAAUCCAUGGAUCCUAAUAAGAAAGCUCAUCUGCAAAGAAAGCUGGACUCAAAACUCAAAGAUAUGGCAUCACAAAGGAAACCAAAGGCCAAGGAUAAAGAUGGUUAAUCAGCUCUGCAAUUCAACAAAUGUGAAGAUUUUGUUCUGAAAAACAUUAUCAAAUGUUUGAGUAAAAAUUCUCUUGUGACCUCCA